AUGGCAACAGGUGACUUAAAAAGAAGCUUACGGAAUCUAGAACAAGUACUUCGCUCACUAAAUUAUCCUAAAGAGGUGGAUUGUGUAGGUUUGAUAAAGGGAGACACAGCAGCAUCUUUGCCAAUCAUCAGCUAUUCUCUUACUUCAUAUUCACCAUAUGUGGCAGAACUUCUGAUGGAAUCCAAUGUAGAACUCAUAGCAAAGAAUGACUUGCGCUUUAUAGAUGCAGUCUAUAAGCUUCUUCGUGAUCAAUUUAAUUAUAAGCCAGUUUUGACAAAAAAGCAGUUUGUCCAGUGUGGGUUUGCAGAAUGGAAAAUACAAAUUAUUUGUGAUAUUUUGAAUUGUGUGAUGAAAAAGCACAAGGAGUUGAGUAGUCUUGAGAAGAUUUCAUCACAACAAAGGAAAAAAAUCAGUUUUGGUAAGCCAGAGCCUUCAGGUAGUGAGAAAACUUCUAUAGAACCUGUUGGCAUUGACAUCACUGGAAAGUUUAUGACUUCAGGAAAGAAAAAAGCUGUGGUGAUUCGUCACUUGUAUAAUGAAGACAGUGCUAACAUUCCUGAAGAUACAUUAGGUACAGUAACAGAUGUUAAUGAAGCAUUUGAUAUGACUGAUGUAAAGACUACUGAAAUAAAGAUACCUGACAUAAUGGUUCCUGAGAUCAAGUCUGAGCAACACGAUAUGAAAUUUAAUCCUGAGAUUACUACAUUACAGACUAUGCUUGCUGAAUGUCAAGAAAAGCUUAAGAAGCUUAGUUGGCUAGAGAGUAGAAUAGAAUGUUUAGAAGAAAAAAUGAAAGGAAAAGUGAUGGUAAAUGAAAAGACCUGGACUAAUCUUCUCAGUCGUAUCACUCUCCUUGAAACAGAAAUGCUUUUGUCUAAAAAGAAUGAUGAAUAUGUAGAGUUUAAUGAAAUGAGUGAAGACUCUGCUUCUAGUAGGCACAGGGAUAAUCUGAAAACAGAUAAAAAAAGCAAAGAAGAGAGGCCAGCAAGUCUUCCUCUGUCCUCUGGGUGUAGUACAUCAUCAUCAGAUUCAACUCCCAGAACCUUGACUAUUAAUUAUUGUGGUUUGAAAGAUAAUUCAGAGGAAACAACAAUCCAGAAAAUGGAAAGGAUGAAAAAAAUGUUUGAAGAAACUGCAGAGUUAUUGAAAUGUCCAACUCACUAA